UUUGUUUCAUAUCAGAGGAUGUUUGCGUACUUCUCUCUUGGAGAAAACAAAACAACAAACCGGCUGCAUCAGGUUACGGGGCGUUUUUAAUCUGGCAUCAGGAAAACCUGUCUGUGUCAGCUAAGCAAAAAGAGCAAAAUAGCUGUUGUUAGAAACUAACAAAACGAACCUACUGUAUCAGCAAAACAAACCAAAUCGAUUAGCCAUGGAGAGGGAGGAGCGGGGAGUCUGAACAGCAACAAGCAUCAACAUGCAACACAACACGACAGAACACUGAGUGAGAGGAAGCACUCUGAGUGACCGAAUAAAACACAGGACAACACGGAUCUCCGCACUGGAGCUGUCUGUCUAGUCGGGUAUUUUUGGGGGGUGGGGUUGGGAAGAUGCAACCGAGUCGGGCAGUGGUACAAGACGGGAAUUCGAGCACAAUAAUACUGGGUUCGGGCAGCGUGGCCAGGCUGCUAGAACAGAGCAACGCGUUGCCAGAUAACAGCCGCCGAGACCCCGAGCGUCCUGAGUACCAUCACAGCCAGCAACAACAGCAGCACUACAGCUACCACGGCUCCACCCUCACGAGGGAUCCCGGCCAGCGGCGUCCAGAGCAGGCGCAGCUGCUCCACAGGGCGCUGGAGUUCAAGAGCCAGGGGACCCAGUGCUACAAGGUGAAGAAAUACAGGGAAGCCAUCGGGAAGUACCACAGGGCGCUACUGGACAUGAAAGCGCUACACGCGUUGCUCGGGGACCAAGGUACCACGACAUGUCAGUCCUCAGCGGAGCCUCCGCCGGGGGGCACGCCGGGGCUGAGCGAGGAGCAGAUGGAGAUGGUGGAGAACAUCGAGGUCGAGUGUUACAACAGCCUGGCAGCCUGUCUGCUGCAGAUGGAGCUGGUGAACUACGAGAGAGUGAAGGUGUACUGUCUGAAGGUGCUUGGGAAGGAAGGGGAGAACUUCAAGGCUCUGUACCGCUCCGGAGUGGCCUACUACCACCUGGGGGACUACCACAAGGCCCUGUACUACCUCAAGGAAGCCCAGAAACAGCAGCCCACAGAUACCAAUGUUAUCCGCUACAUCCAGUUGACGGAAAUGAAACUCCGUCGCUCCGUUCACCGGCAGGAGGAGGCCUUGUAAACAGAGCCUGUUGCUGUGGGAAAACACCAGGAGUAGCGUCUGUGAACUCAUCAACCAAUCACAACUCUGGACACUGAUUGUAUAUUUGCCUGCCGUUUCUAAUGGCUGAGGGGAGGUGGGUGGAACUGGGGCGGAGCCUGGCAUGUGGAGUUUUGGGGUUGCUUUGAGUCACUGUUAGCACUGUUUGUCCUUUGUUUAUGUAAGAAAUUAACCAUAUUCAUAUUCUUCCUUGCAAAAUAGUUUAUUUUUUCACUACCCACACAGAGCUAUCCUACUCAAAAUCAAUACAGACACUUAAACUGCAGUGCUUUGCUUCUCACAAGCUGCCCAUCCACUAAUGGAAAACAGCUUUGCUCUGGAGCACCAGACAGGGGGGUCAUUAACUUUUAAAACACAAGCUUUCAACACUGCGGUGGGUAAACGCUAUUGAUUCAAUGGAUUGAAGUUCUUCUAAUUUUUAAAAGCAUCUGUACUGUUUCCUUAUAGACAUAGUAACUCAUGUUUGAAUGCUUUGUGAACAGGACUCUUUAUCUUAUUGUAUAGUACUGCAGUAUAUCAUAAAUGUAACAGUGAUCUUGCUUGUGGGUGCGUGCAUCCACUGCUGAGUGAUAGGCAGGAGAUCAAGACAGAGGUUUAAGUUAACACGCCCCGCAGGCACGCCCCGCAUUCAUGCCCCGCAGGCACGCAGGAUUUUUUAAUAUACACACAGUGAGAACAGCUCACGUGACACUACCAACCAUGGUAGCUCACAGAGUACAUACGGCCAGCAUACAAAAAAACCUAAAUAAACACAAUAUAAAAAACCAAAAUAAAAGGUGCUGUAAAAACGGCGUGUGCUACUCCCCAAUGCAUGGAGGUCACGCUUGCUCACCUCGCUAUACUUCAUGGGGAUCUACCAUCACCAAACUAAUCUUUAUGUAUCAACACAAACCCCGACUCCAGCCGGCAGCGGUUUUGGCUUCGUCUUUUGUCUCCGAUCACAGAGAUUGGAGGAUUUCAGCAACAUAUUUUGGUCUCUGUUCGGGUAGCGUGGACAAACUUCAGCCCGUUGUCCUUGGCUUUGCAACGGCUCCGAGGUGAACAAAGAGGACCUCUAUACCUGACUCCCCGCUGGAACACACCUACCUGCUGAGUAUCCACAGCUGGCAAUCACACACAGCAGGCAGGCGCUCCCAGGAGUGUCAGGUACUUAAUUAAUCAUUUAUAACAAUUACAUACAUUUACGCAAUCCUGUUUACAAUAUAUACACAACACCCACUCUAUGCAAUUCUAUUUACAAUAUAUACACAAAACCCACUCUUCAUGUGCAGGGCUCCUGCCCUGCUACAGUACAGCUGAGCUUUUAAACUUCUGGAUAAACUUCAACAGAGAAACACAGUCAAUACCAUACAAGUCAUGAGAAACACAGUCAAUGCCAUGCAAAUCUUGAGAAACAUAGUUAAUACUGUACAAGUCAAACCCAUAUUUGACUGGGAUUUUUUUUUAGCUCUACACAGAAUGUAGUUACAGCUAAGACCUCUUCAGGAACUCUGAAUGGCCAAAACAGCAAAACCAGAAGGUGGGACAGCAAUUCUACCCCCAUAGUAUUGAUAAACAAUUAAGGUUGAAUAUUCAGACACCAUGAACCCUAAAACUACCAGGCACUCAGGAUGAUCUGCCUUCAAAUGCUUGGGGCUGAGGCAUCAUCUCAAAUCUCCCAGUCUGGCAUGCACCCUUAUAACAGUAAAACAUGUUUAUCAAUUUGGUAUGUAGCAAACAAACUCCUUGAGUCUUCAGGCUGUAUAUACCAGGUUUCAGGAGACGGGGCCUUUUUUUUGAGUGAUGUAAUCUUCUGUAUCGUUUUCUAUAAACAAAUAUAUAAAAUGCAAUGCCAGUA